AUGCCUUCUCUAACAUCUAAUUCUAAUGAUGCUGCCACUAGCAAUUCUAGUACCGAAGAGCCCUGGAACAACUGGCCAAACGAUAUAGGAUUCGAUCCGGAAUACGAAGAACGCACCCCAGUUGAGCUUACUGUGCUCGGUGAUAUUCCGGCAUACGCCGCCGGUACCCUAUACCGCAUAGGUCCAGGCAAAAGUCAGGUCGAAACCAAAGAUGGACAACUCUUCCAGCUAUCGCACUGGUUCGAUGGAUUUAGCCAAACACACCGUUUCCAGAUUCUUUCAUCGGAAGCCUCGACUCGUGUCCUUUACAAUUCCCGGUUCGGAACCGAUGCCCUGAUCGAGCACGUUCGCGCGACGGGGAAUAUAGGCAAGUUCGGCUUUGGCCAGAAACGAGACCCCUGCAAGUCUGUUUUCAACAAGGUCCAAACCGAAUAUGUCCCUCCUGUUGUUCCCGAUCCUCCUAUUGUUCCCGACUCCAUGAACAUUAGUGUCACUCUUUCAGUCAAUAUGCCUGGUCUGGAUCAUGACCCGAAUAGGUCGAAUGAACGCUGGGCCAAUGGUAUCCGGACGCUGUAUGCAAAGACGGAUUACAGUGCAUUUCAGAAGCUUGACCCGGAGACCCUGGAGCCUAUUGGUCUUGCAACCCAGGAAUCUUUGCAUCCAGAUCUAACUGGUCCACAGACAGCUUCGCAUGCCCGCUCAGAUCCUGUGACGGGUGAUAUGUACAACUUCAAUCUCACCCUCGGAGCAGAGUCGACAUAUCGAGUAUUCGGUGUUUCUGCUUCAAAUGGAAAGACUACAAUCCUUGCUACUUUCACGGGCAUUCCUGCUUACGUGCACUCGUUGUUUAUCACUGAGGAUUAUGUACUCCUUUGUGUGUGGAACUCACACCUCAAUCCUUUGGAGCUGGCCAAGGGCUCCUUCAUGGACUCCAUCAUGCCCACAGACCCAUCCAAGCCGGCGAAAUGGUAUGUCGUCGAUCGCAAAAAUGGAAAGGGACUGGUUGCAACCUACGAUAGUCCGGCCUUCUUCUGCUUCCAUACCAUAAAUGCAUGGCAGGAACCGUCGAAGGAAGACCCAACCAAGACGGAUAUUGUCGCCGAUCUCGUGCGCUUGGACAACACCGAGUUCCUCAAGUUUCUCUACUACGAGAACCUGAAGUCAUCACUCCCUAGUGCUAAGAAAUUUGCCGCGAGCCGAGGUGAAGUGUUGCGCUCAACCAUCACACGUUUCCGUCUGCCGACUCUGCCUUAUGUACCUAGCCCAGAGACUCUGCAGGCAACUGUGGAAUGGUCCUCUUGCAGACCAUUUUCUCCUGAACUGCCUACAAUGAAUCCAGCCUUCGUCACGAAGAAGUAUCGCUACGCGUACGCCACGACCUUCAGUGGCAAGGCCACCCUCACAGACGGCAUCAUGAAAUUCGACUGUGAGACACAGGAAACGAGCCUGUGGGGCCACCAUGGCCACUCGCCUGGUGAGCCGAUCUUCGUUGCGAACCCGAAGGGUGAGAGUGAGGAUGACGGAGUCCUUCUCAGUGUUGUGCUCGAUGGCCUGCGGGGUUAUAGCUACCUGCUCUGUCUUGAUGCUCGUGAUUUGACUGAGUUGGGCCGGGCUGAAGUCAAGGGAGUUGUUGGCUUUGGCUUCCACGGACAGCAUGUUCCUGUUGUUGGCAUUCCUACUGGAGACUGGUAG